CGGGGAGCGCGCGGAUACGCGGGCGCGCGCUCCGGGCUGGGCGCCUGCGCACUUCGGCCCCGGGGGCUCCCGGGCUGAGGGAGAGGAGGAGGGAAGAUGGCGGCCGUGGUGGAGAAUGUAGUGAAGCUCCUGGGGGAGCAGUACUACAGAGAUGCUAUGGAGCAGUGUCACAAUUACAACGCUCGCCUGUGUGCCGAACGGAGCGUGCGCCUGCCCUUCUUGGACUCCCAGACUGGGGUGGCCCAGAGCAACUGUUACAUCUGGAUGGAGAAGCGGCACCGGGGGCCAGGAUUGGCUUCAGGACAACUGUACUCCUAUCCUGCCCGGCGUUGGCGGAAAAAGCGCCGAGCCCACCCUCCUGAAGACCCCCGACUCACCUUCCCAUCCAUCAAGCCAGACACAGACCAGACCCUGAAGAAGGAAGGCCUGAUCUCUCAGGAUGGAAGCAGCUUGGAGGCCCUGCUGCGCACUGACCCCCUGGAGAAGCGGGGGGCCCCCAAUCCCCAGGCAGAUGACGAUAGCUUGGGAGAGUUCCCUGUUACGAACAGCCGAGCAAGGAAGCGGAUCCUGGAGCCCGAGGACUUCCUGGAUGACCUGGACGAUGAGGACUAUGAGGAAGACACGCCCAAGCGCCGAGGCAAGGGCAAAGCCAAGGGCAAAGGAGUGAGCAACGCCCGUAAGAAGCUGGAUGCUGCUGUCCUGGAGGAUCGGGACAAACCCUAUGCCUGUGACAAUAGUUUCAAACAAAAGCAUACCUCGAAAGCACCCCAGAGAGUCUGUGGGAAGCGUUACAAGAACCGCCCGGGCCUCAGUUACCACUAUGCUCACUCUCACCUGGCAGAGGAGGAAGGUGAAGACAAAGAGGACUCUCAGCCUCCCACCCCCGUGUCCCAGAGGUCUGAGGAGCAGAAAUCCAAGAAGGGCCCUGAUGGGCUGGCCCUUCCCAACAACUACUGUGACUUCUGCCUGGGAGACUCCAAGAUCAACAAGAAGACAGGGCAACCUGAGGAGCUGGUGUCCUGCUCUGACUGUGGCCGCUCAGGGCACCCGUCCUGCCUCCAGUUCACCCCCGUCAUGAUGGCUGCUGUGAAGACCUACCGCUGGCAGUGCAUUGAGUGUAAAUGCUGCAACAUCUGCGGCACGUCUGAGAAUGACGAUCAGCUGCUCUUCUGUGACGACUGUGACCGUGGCUACCAUAUGUACUGUCUCACCCCCUCGAUGUCGGAGCCGCCUGAAGGGAGCUGGAGUUGCCAUCUGUGUCUGGACCUGCUGAAGGAGAAGGCUUCGAUCUACCAGAACCAGCACUCGUCUUGAUGUGGCCGGGAGUCCGGACACCCCGGCCCCUCCCACAUGCGGGGCUCUGUCUUUUGAACCUCUCUCGUUUCCCGGUUUCUCCUCUCUCAUCCUUCUCUUUGGCAGGCCCAGGGAUGGCACUACCAGGUUGUCUGGGGCAGCAGGCAGGCUGAACUGGCAGCUCUGACGUUGUGGCCCCAGCCCCCACCCCACCCCCCGAAGGUGGGGGAGACAGGCUGCCCCUAGGAAGAAACGGGCCCUGGCUUCUCCUUGCUCCUUUGCUCUCCAUAAAGUGCAUUCACUCUGCCUGCCUUGGGCCCCGGCCCUGGUUCUCACAGGGUUCAGCUGUGCCCUCCACGCUGGAGCAGGAGGGCAGCUCACUUCUUUGCCAGCUCUGCCCACUCUGCCUCCUGGGUUUGCCCUCCUUCCUUUCUGAGGGCAUCCAUGAGGGGCUGCGUGAGCUGGGCAAGCCUGGGGGGUUCUCUGGCUCCCCCCACCCCCCCUUGCCCCUGCAGGGAGGCUCUCCGUGGCUCUCUGUGCCUGCUGCAGAAGGGCACCUGGGGCAUGGCAUGAUGCGCUCGGGCACCCCCGCCCCUUGGUGCUGCCACAGCCGCAGCCUGGCUUCUCCCUCCCAGCUCAUUUUCAUAGCCCUCUUCAGUGGCAAAAGUGAUUCUCUACCUUGUGCGUCCACUCUCUUUCCUCAAUUCCCCUUCUCCUUGUUCUUCUUUUGUUUUGUGGGGAGAAGGGAAGCAUCAGGGGGCCGUCCAAGCAGUGUGGGGGCCAGAGGGAGAUGUUGGAUAAUGUGCCUGUUUUUUAACUCUACUUCAAGCCUACCUCCAAAAUCCCCUUUCCGUUCUUCCUCCUCCCUCCCUGGGUCUUCAGCCUUCUGCCCUCAAUUGAAUUGGGAGCUGCCAGGCCCCCCGCCCCCUGCACCCGAGCUCCUCAGUCACAGGGGAGUGUCUCCGACAUCCCCUCCUCCCCUCGCACGCUUGCUAGCAGCUGGUAAGGCCUUGAUGCCCCUGGUUCCUCAGGCUUCUGCCGGGCGAGGCCGGCCGUGGGGUGGGAGGGGCACAGGACGUGGCAGUGCCCCCAGGGAGCCCUUUCUGCUCGGCGCCAAGGCUGGGCCUCUCUCACUGUCACUUUGGAGUCGAGGUGUCAUUUUUUUUAAGUUCCGGUAUUCCAGACAUUAGUACAAUAAACAUUUUUACAUGGA